AUGGAUCAUAUACCGUCGUUGCCCAAGUCCAUCAAGGGGAACACCGAACUGCUCAUUUGGGUCGACCUUUUCUCGGGAUAUGUGAUUGCAAAGGCUAGCUCCUCUCGGACGGCACAAACAAUAGCGGAGAAUUACGAAGAAUGUGUGUUUCGACGCUUCGGAGCUAGCGAGGCUAUCAGGCACGAUCGAGAACCGGGAUUUAUGUCCGACUUCUUUCGAGCCUUCAGUCGGAUCGUAGGACAAAAACAGCGUGCUACUAUGGCUUACAGGCCACAAGCAAAUGGAACAGCCGAACGAAUGGUGCAAACCCUGACACAUUCGCUCAAGAUAUCGGAUCCGGGGGAUACCCCAUUUUAUCUGAUUCAUGGGUGGGACCCGCGAUCGACUUUGGAGGCUACGCUACCAGUGGGGAAUACGGGGACACGAGAUCGCGAUCCAAAGAGGUGGAGAUACAAAAUCCAAAGACAAUACCUGCGAGCCCGAUCUGCAGUGAACGAUCGUUUACAAGCCGCGAUCCAGGAGCGAGCGGAUCGACACAACGAAGAUCUGGAACCACACGAGAUCGAAGUAGGAGCGCAAGUUUGGCUAUACCUGGACCGAGUUAAAGAGGGAUAUGCGAAGAAGCUAGCGCACAUGUGGCAUGGGCCAUUCCGAGUUGCGGACGUAUGUGGAGAUCAUGCUGUAAAAUUGGAGAUCGCUGGAACCCCAUAUCGGUUAUUUCCGAUUGUACACAUAUCGAAGCUAAAAAAGGUAAAGACGUUCCCUGAACGCCCGAAGGAUCAGCUUACGAUAGAGGAAUCAGAUCGCUUGGAUUUCGAUGAAGCUCUGCUGCCGGAAGACAGUUGGGAUGGCGAUCUUGAAGAAGGGGAAUACGAAGUGGAGGCAAUAUUGGACGUGCGAUCUGGUAGAAAAACCCGUUAUGGGCGAGUACACCGGCAGUUUCUGGUGAAGUGGAAGGGAUAUCCCGAUCUAAGUUGGGUGGACGAGGCCGAUCUACGUUGUGGGGCGAUCUUGCAAGAGUUUGAGCGGAACCGAGUGAGUCGAAACCGUUUCGACGUAAUGCAGUCUCAUGAAGGCAAGUCGGACGAACCUUAA